AUGCCUACUACAAGUCAAAACAAAGUCCUGGCACACGUGACUGGGAAAUCAGCGAGAAAAAGAGGUAAAGUUGCGCUGAAACAAUAUAAGAUGGAGCCCAAUCACAGCGUUAACCUUUCAAGCACUAGUCAAGCGGUAGAGGAGAACUGGCCGGAAUUGCCAGAUGACCAAGUGGCCACGGCUGUUCAAGCUGACCAGUCAGAGUCAAAAGAGGGAUCAGAAUCGAACCAGGUUAAGGAGAAUGAGUUACUACAUCAGCUCGGCUUCUGGAACUCACUCGAUAAAAAGGACGUGAAAAUAAAGAAAAUUGGAGUCACAGUAACGGAAAAACCUGCUGCAGAACCAGCAAAAGUGAAACAAUACAGCGAGACGAUAAGCCAGGAGGUGGAGCGAAAGGUUGAAGAGAAGGUUGAGUGCCCGACCAUCAAGAAGAAAGACCCUCCACAGCUCGUACCAUCUGCAGUGUGUUUUGAACUUAAAAGUAGUGCGGCUACACAUGUAGAUGUCCUAAAUAAGAUGAAAGACAUGUUAUACUACAGGAGAGGAAGUAAAAUUGUCUCCAUCCAGUUCGUACCAAAGUCUAGGUGGAUUAUCGUUCUUGACAGUCAGGAAACGCGAGACCGACUCUGCGGAAUGGAGUUUUUCAUUGGUCAACACUGUGUUCUCCUACGUCGAUAUGACGACGUAAUGAAGAUGGAGUACAAGAAAUAUUUACGUAGCCAAGGACUGUUAGAAAUGGUUCACAGUGCCACCAAGUAG